UGUUGAUUGAAUUGUAACACCCACUAAUUCAACUUAUAACUUGGUAAAAUUUAGAAAUUUUGAUAAUUGUUCCUGAAACAAAGGGUAAAUUGUGUGCUGUGUAGUUGUAAAUCUUAACACUAAAAGAAGACCUGGAAGUACCUAGUUGUAAGAUAGGAUUAUUCACUAUUCUUCAUCACCAGAAAAUGACUCCAUUCCUGCAGAAAAUAUUUAUUGAUUUCCAAGCUUGUAAACAUCAUAUAUUUCAACUUUUGUAAAACAUUGUUCAUUCAGUGACACUUAUGCUGAUAAAUGAUCAGGCAAAUUAUUAAACAUUUUGUGCAACAUUUUCCCAGAAGUCAUUUCUACCUCACUGCUGGUGCACAAUUUCCACCCAGUUAUCCCUUACAUUCCUUUAAAUUACAUUCCAAUAGAAAGCACUCUGAAGAUAAUCAGCAUAAUCUAAGGGGAAAAUGGAGAUUUAAAGAGAAGAUAAAUAGGACUGUAACCUUAACUUCAAAUACAUUAAAAUCAGUUUGCAAUGAAAUAUGAAACAGCAUAUCUAUAUGACACCGCAAGUUCAUGUAGCAUCAUCUGUUUAUUCCCUGCUCCUGCUCACAUCUCCGCUAUUAUUAAAGUUUUACAGAUCUUCAAAUUAGCUCGAUCUGAUGACAUUAUUUAAGAAAUUGGAUCUGAUUUAAUUAAUAGAAUCUCCACAUAAUUUUUCUUACUUUCUUACUUUUCUUACUUUUUUAUUUGAAUUGUCCUGAUCAAAAAUAAUGAAGAAACGGUGUUAUUUAUAAAGCUGUUGAUUUGCAAGCACUGAUGAAUUAAAUGUCGCAGAAUACAAAGAGUGAGUGUCUAAACCACAAAAUGUACCAUGACAUGUUCAUAUCGUCUUUGUCAAAUUUUAAUUUAUUUUUAAUAUAAAUGUAGUAGGUAUAUUUAACACAAAUAUUUCUGUGAUAAAUCUAAGUGAACAAUUUAGUGAAUGAAACAUUUUAAUGUUUUUUGAGUAAUAGAACAUUACUAGCUCAUUCAGUCCAGUGUUUUUGAUGCCGCUAUGUUUUCCUAUGCUCCCAACGCCUGCUUUCCAUCGCCAUCAUUUAAGACUGACAACCCUUCCAACAAACCAUUGUAUAGUACUGGUAUUUUUUAUAGACAGAAUGUUUCACAGGACGUGUCUAGAGAUGCUGCAUUCACCCAAUCACUUAGAGUGACAAGCAGACGUGAUGUGUUUGAAACCAACUCAGAUUUUAUAGAAACAGUUCAAGUAUUACCGUCUGCUUCAGGAAGAUAUCAAAUUUACCGCCCAGGUAGUCACACAAAUGUAAACCGAAAUAUGACCCAGAUUCGAGCAGAUGGUUAUAAACAUAAUAUUUGUAAUCCGGAUAUGCAAAAUAAAUAUGAAAAGAUAUUGAUAGGAGAUUCAAAAAAAUUGAAGUCUUCUGCCAGCACAAGCUCAAUGUCAACGAAGAAAAAAAUAAAAUCGAAAGGGAAGAUAGGUCCGACCCCGAUACCAGCUAAUAGAGAUGAUCUUGAGUGUAGUUGUAAGUUGUAUCAUUCGCACGUUUUUCUUGAUGAAACUAUCAAUGCUGACAUAUUGAAGCUAGAGGAACAACGAUUAAAGGCUGUGGAGAAUUCUCGCGUUACCGAGAUAUAUCAGGCAGAAGGUAAUGAGGAUCCUGGAAAUAUAUUUUGGACUCCGGGUCUUUCAUUUCAUCCUUACAAAAAUGGAGAUGCGUUGGUAGAUUUUGCUUCCUUGUGGCCAGGUAAAAAUGAGCUUCGAGAUCAUCUACAGAAUUCAGGUGUUCAGACGACAGUGUUGCGUAAUGGAACUGUGUCUGAUUUAGGACGCCAAGCCAUUGUUUGUGGUCCCAUUCACUUAUUGGAUUGUCUUAUACAGCUUCGUCUGAUCAGGGUGGAUCAACAGUUUGAAAAUGGAAGCAGUAUGUUACAUCUGGCCUGUUUAUCAAGAAAUACAGAGUCUGUCUUAUAUCUCAUCCAAACUGGUGUAUCCCCUAAGAUACGAGAUAAACAUGGUUGUACAGCUGAUCAGGUCACAUAUUGUCCAAAGAUAAAACGUCUUUUACCACCAAAAUAUCAUCGUGAUACCAACAUCACAAAUAGAACGUUACUAGACCCCAGUCGACAAGAUAAAGACAUCAUCUUUUCUCUUGCUAAAAAUCCUAAAAACUUUGAUGAUAUUCAGAAGAGAUUACAAACGUUUGAUUUUAAUGUAAAUACAGAAUGUGAUAGUAAUGGGGAUUUUCUACUACAUAUAGCCUGUAAUGAAGGAUUAUGUCAAUUACCAUUAAUAAUGGCAUUAGUUAAAAUACAACAUGCUGAUAUAGAAUUAUGUAAUGCCGAUGGUAUGACACCACUCAUGUUAACAGCUACAGCUGGAAAUAGUGUUCUCUGUGAUGUGUUAAUGUGUCUGUUUGGUGCCAAUCCUAAUAAAUCUAAUCCUCAUAAUGGUAGAUAUGCUUUACAUUAUGCUGUUGAGGGUAAUCAUAGAAAAAGUGUAGAGUGUUUGAUACGUCGUGGUGCAGAUGUUAAUGUUGAAGAUCAUGAAGGGCGUAGACCAGAUGAUGUCCCUGCAUGCAUUGGUCCUGAUGAUUCUUGUGAAAUAAUAAAAUAUAACAGAAAGAAAAGACUGGAUAAUUUAAGUCAGAGUGUAAAAGAGGGUACCAUAGAAUCAUCAGAUAUAUUGAUUACAGAUUUAUAUACUGUAGAUAAUGAUAAUAAUACACUAAUAAUGGCAGCAGCAGUAGCCAAUCAAGUGGAAACAAUGAGUCGUCUUUUAGCUGUAAAUAAAACGACUAUAAAUGCUCAACAUUGUCAAACUGGUAUGACAGCUUUAGCUAUUGCGGCACAGAAUGGUUAUAGAUCAUGUUGUCAACUACUGUUAUUACAAGGUGCUAAUCCUGCUAUAAGUGAUAUGAAGGGUCAUCUGCCCCUACACUAUGCUGUCUUCAAUAAUCAUGAACCAAUAGUUGAUCUAUUUUUUGAUUUCUUCCCUGUAGCUUAUACAGGAUUACAUAAAGCUUUAAGAAUGUCAAAAAAGUCAUCUAUACAUGUCAAAUUAAAAGCUGCUUAUGACAAGCGACAAGAUGAAAUAGUGACACCAACAUUGCUAUCAUGUGCUUUCAAUGGUGAUGCUGAAGAGUUGUUUGUUUUAUUAGAUGAAGGUGACUGUAUUAAUCCCAAGACUGGCACUGGAAAUUGGCCAAUGUAUUUAGCCGUUGAAAAUGGACAUUUAGAUGUACUGAAACUUUUACUUGAGAAAGGAGGAGAUAUCAGAAAACGUCAUGGUGUUACAGGGGCCACAGUGUUACAUGUAGCAGCUAGAAUGGGACAUUAUCAUAUAAUGGAACAUCUAGUUAAUUUCUGUAAAACUAACAACUCAGAAGACAUAACAUCAUAUCAUGGUGGUACGAGAAAGAAAGUAGAUAUUAACUCAGUUGAUUCAGAAAAUAAAACAGCUCUACAAGUUGCCGCUGAGAAAGGUUUUAGUAAGAUGGUACAACUGUUGUUAAAUUAUGGGGCUACAACAGCAUUAUUAGAUAAUCAGGGUUUGUUGUUUACAUGUUGUGAAUAUGAGGGUGUAAGAAUGUUAAUUGAAUCGCAUCGUGAACAACAUACUAAACAUGUGAUGAGGCUCAUAUCAGAUAAAUCAAAAAAAGCACCAAGUUUACUACAGAAAGUUUGGCUACCAAGAUUUGACCACAAUCUACGAACUAAGCAAGGUGACACACCGUUAAUGGUGGCCUGUCAUCAUGGCCGUCUUCAGAUGGUUAAGAUAUUACUAGAUUCUGCUAUUUAUUCUAAUAUGCCUGCAGAUGACAGUGGGGAUGAUUCAGAUGCUGAUUCGGGUGUGUUAGAUCAUACCUGGGCUUUUAAACGAAACAAUAAGAUAUUUAAAUCUGAUGAUGGUGAAAAUGUAUCUCUAGUAAGUGGUAAUUUUAACCAAUCAACAGAAGUAAAUAUAGGAGGUGCUGAUCUACAACAUAGUGGUGAUAUAUCACCAUCUUUAGAUGAUAUGUCUGAAAUAAAAGUACAAGAAACUACAAAUGAUAAAACACUAAGAGUAUUAUUACAAGAUGUACAAAAACCUAAAGGCCUUCAAAUAUUUCAUGAUUCUUUGAUAAGUCAUGUUUGUGCUGUGAAUCUGUUUAAUGGUAAUAACGCCUUACAUUACACAAUACAAGGGGGAGAUAAUUUACCUAUUAUAAAGAACUUGUUAGCAGCAGACAUUUCAUGUUUAAACGUUCAAAAUGAUGAUGGAUUAAGUCCCUUACAUUUAGCUUGUAAGAUGGGAAGACGUAAAUCUGUUGAAGUACUCUUGGCAUACGAAGGAAAUGAUUUAAACACAAGAACAUUACAAGGAUUACUACCAGAAGAAAUGACAACUAACAAAACAAUAAUAAAACUUAUACAGAAAGCAAGACUUAAUCAAACAGGCCAAAUGAAACCACAAGCCCCACCAGAAGUAGAAAGUCCAUCUGCAUCCAAAUCUCCUAGUGUUGUUGGUUCAUUAGUUAAUUUUGAUAAACUACACAAUAAGUAUGAAGCUUUAAAAAAAGAAGUGAAGACGACAGAUAAAACGUAGAAUUAUAACUUCUGAAUUUCUGAUGUAUUAUAUCAUUGUGUCAAAAUAUAUGAUAUAUGUAUAUAAAACAGUAAACCAUCUGUGCAUAUUGUGUAUAUAUAUACCGGUAAACAAUUCGUUUAGUUUUUAUACUGCAGGCUAUAUUGAUUUAACUUAUUUAGUUGAGCACUGUGAGAAAGAGACUGUGAUUUAAACUUGUGACAUUGUUAUAUGUAAUGAAAUGGAGAGGCUGGUAGUUAUAUUGUAUUAUACAUGUAGCCAUGCAUUUUAUACCAAUACUCAAUUUUAAUUAUUAUUUUGCUCAGUUAGUAAUUUACUAAUAAUUGAAACUUUCUAGCCUAAAUUGAAUCUGCUUGAAGCCAACAAUGGCUGGUUCAUUUUUAUACGAUCAUAGGCGUAUAUUACCGUCGCCUCCGUCUAUCAGUCGUCCACGAUUUCUUGUGGACACUCUACGGACUACAUUUAUUAUCUGAUCAUUUUGAAAUUUAUAUGUGUUGUUUACGAUAGUGAGACGAAGAAGCCUAUUUAAUAUCAACAUUUUCUGUUCAUUACCUUUAGAGUUAUGGUCCAUGUUUCACUUUGUUGACUCAUGUGAACGCUCUAUGGGCAAAUGUUAUCAUCCGAUCUGUAUGAAAUUUGUAUGCAUUAUUUAGAUUAGUAGAACGAAGAAGUCUAUGGAAUUUCAGUUGAUUACUUUGAUCUGUAUGAAAUUAAUAUUAGUGUCUUGUAAAAGCUCCCAUUACUUACAAAGGAAUAAAUAUGCGACAACCCUUGUCGACUGCUCGAACGAUUUUGCAAGUGGCAACCUAUCUUUAACUAUCUGGGUUUAAUCAAAAAAAUCCCCAGGUUAUCAAAUUCCCCUCCCCUCUGCUCAUGGUGUAGGAGGUGCUAGCAAUCUUUUGAAGCUUUCUACUUCUUAAAUGUUGAUAUUUUUUUUUAUUAUGUUUAGUCUUUCAUGUAUAUAUGUAUCAUACCGUAGGUUAGCGGGCAAAAAUAGACAUGUGCUCAGAAUGCAUUUUACCUCAAUAAUAACCAAACGUACACUUUGUGAUGUCGAAAAUUGUUUUGAAAAUAUUUGAAGCUUUAAUUUUAACAUAAUUCUGUUUAUCACAAACUAUUACAGAAAAAAUGAUAUUUUAAGCUAUUUAAGAAAUUGUUUACUGUAUAGUUAACCAUAAAAGAAAUUGUAUAUAUUCAGUAAACUGUGUAUAUUCAGUAUAGUAAAUUAUAUAUGAGUAUAGUAAAUUGUAUAAUAUAAUCAGUAUAGUAAACUGUAUAAUAUAUUCAAUGUAGUCAACUGUAUAUAUUCAGUAUAUUUAAACAAAUUUAAAGAAAUUGUAAAUAUUUUGUAUAAUUAAUUAUUUAAGAAAAUAUAUCAAAGGAAAGUAUAAUAACCUAAUACAUAAUGACAAGGCCAAUGUAACUCUAUUCUUUAUAGUUUUAGAGACUAUUUGAUUGUUAAAGUAAUAUAUAAAUUGUUAAAUAUUAUAUACUGGUUAGGUACAUGAAAUUAAAAAGGUUUUAAGUGGAAUUUAUAGAAACUGAACACUGUUUUAAACAAUCCCAGUCUGUAAGUGACAGGUAAAUUCAAUUUAUUGAACUUUUCCACUUAUUGGAAUAUCAAAAUCUAAUUUAUUAUAUUUGUUGAAUGUGCAAUAACAGUUGUAUAAUUGUAAUCGUGUAGGCCUACUUGUUGCUUUCUUAGGGCAUUUCUGCUGUAUUUUCAAGCAAAUUAUUCUGUGGGUACAGCAUAAAGUGACUAAUUAUAACAGCAGAAAGCCAGGUAUCUACCUGUCAGGUGAUGCUGACAUGCAAGGGAAGUUUACACAUUUAUUAGUUGGGACAAGAACCAAGGCAUGCACCUAAAAAAAAAAGUCUCAACAGGUAGCCUACUUAUUUUUUUUUUAUUCUGUUUGUGUCUCAAUAAAUAUUUUAGAUUUAUCUUGCAUUACAAUUACAAGGUUCAUGAAUGUUUCAUAUUUUCCUUGAAUUAUGAAAAAAUAAAAAUCCAAUAAGCUA